AUGGUCACCCUCCUCGCCUUUCGGCUCCCACCUCUCUUCCUCCUCCUCCUUGCCGCCACUGCCGCUGCCGACAAUGGCAACGUGUCGGAGGCAGGGGCGGCGCUCGUAAAUCUCAAGAAGUCGUUCACAGACCCGACCGGCAGGCUGGAGGCGUGGUCGGCGACGUCGCCGUUCCCGCCGUGCGACGCCGCGAGCCCCUGGCCCGGGGUGCAGUGCUACAAGGGCAGCCUCGUCGGCAUCCGGCUCACGCACAUGAACCUGUCCGGCACGUUCGACUUCGGCGCCAUCGCCAAGCUCCCGCGGCUCCACUCCGUGAACCUCAAGCACAACGCGCUCUCCGGCCCGCUGCCGGCGAGCCUCGGCACGUUGCGUGGCCUCCGCGCGCUGUACCUCUCCUCCAACAACUUCUCCGGGCCGAUCCCCGCCGACGUGUUCGCCAACAUGCGGUGGCUCAAGAAGCUCUACCUCGACAACAACCGCAUCACGGGCCCGCUCCCCGCCGACGCGAUCGCGAGCGCGCCGCGCCUCAUCGAGCUCCACCUGGACCGCAACCAGAUCGACGGGCUGAUUCCGCUCAAGCUGCCGGAGUCGCUAAAGCGGUUCAACGUGUCCCACAACCGCCUCAGCGGCUCCAUCCCGCAGAGCGUCGCCGAGCGCUACGAGGCGUCGUCGUUCGCCGGGAACCCCGGGCUGUGCGGCUCGCCGGGCAGCGACGCCGCGGUGUGCGUGGCUGCCGGCCCGGCGCUCCCGCCCGCGAUGCCGCCGCCCACGGCGGCCGACUACAUGGCCAUGGAGGAGGAGACCAGCGUGUUCGUCGUCAUCGGCAUCAUCCUGCUCGUCAUCCUGCUGGUCAUCGGCGCCAUGGUGCUCAUGCUGCGGCAGGACGAGAGGAACAGCGCCGCGCCGGCGUGGGACUACUACGCGGGCAGCACGGCCGCCGCCGGUGCCGGCGCAGGCUCCGGCUCCGGCUCCAGCAAGUCCGCGGCGGCGGCGGGGUCGAAGACAACGGCGCCGCGCGCCGGGGAGAUGGUGGCCGUGGACGUGGCCGGCGGCGGGUCGUCCAGCCACGGCGGCAGCAGCGGCCGGCGGAUGGGCGAGUUCGUCCUCCUGAACGAGGACAUCCCCGCGUUCGGCCUGCCGGACCUGAUGAAGGCCUCCGCCGAGGUGCUGGGCAACGGCACCCUGGGGUCGGCGUACAAGGCCGCCAUGCGCAACGGCGUGACCGUGGCCGUCAAGCGCCUCCGUGACAUGAACCGCGUCGGGCGCGAGGAGUUCGAGCAGCACGUGCACAUGCUCGGCGAGCUCCACCACCCCAACGUGCUCCCGCCCGUCGGCUACCAUUACCGCAAGGAGGAGAAGCUCAUCGUCUCCGAGUACAUGCCCCGCGGCAGCCUCCUCUACAUCCUGCAUGGCGACCAGAGUCCGAACAGGCUGAUCCUGGACUGGCAGGGACGGCUGAGGGUGGCCGUCGGCGUGGUGCGCGGGCUGGCGUUCCUCCACGAGAGGCUGGGGAUCCCGGCGGGGCGGCUGGUGAGCAUGGACGGCGCGGACUUCGACGCGCCGCCGCCGCCGCCGCCGCACGGGAACCUCAAGUCGGGGAACAUCCUCCUGGACGCUGGCAUGGAGCCCCGGCUGGUGGACUACGGCUUCUUCCCGCUGGUGAAUGCGGCGCAGGCGCCGCAGGCCAUGUUCGCGUUCCGGUCGCCCGAGGGCACCACGCGCGGGGUGGUGUCGGCGCGCUCCGACGUCUACUGCCUCGGCGUCGUGCUCCUGGAGCUCGUCACGGGGCGGUUCCCGUCGCAGUACCUCCACAGCGCGCGCGGCGGCACCGACGUCGUGCACUGGGCUGCCACGGCCGUGGCCGAGGGCGGCGAGGGGGAGCUCGUCGACCCGGCCAUCGCCGCCGCCGGCGGGGACGCCGCCGUCAGGCUGCUCCGGGUCGGCGUGCACUGCGCCAGCCCCGAGCCCGAGUGCCGGCCCAGCGUCGCGGAGGCCGCGUGGAUGGUGGAGGAGAUCGGCAGCGGCGGCGGCGGCGCGUCGUGA